AUGGGCGACGCCGCCGACGCACCCCGCCGGCGUCGGCUGGACUCAAUUCUCCUCGCCCGGAAACCGCGCCUCACCGACAGCAGGAACGAGACCACGGCCACAGCCGUAUCCAUGGAUGGCUUCACCAUGGCGGUCUCCUUCUGGAUGGCCGACCCGCCGCAGCUGUCCAUCUUCUCCAUCUACUGCUGCCGACCCCCUCAUCUGCAAGCCGGGCCGUACUGCAAUUUCAAAGAUUUGCCACGCGUGGUCGGCGUCGGCGCGGAGGGCCGAUUCGUCCUCUUCCGCGCCGUCUUCGACCGCCGAUACACAUCCGAAUAUUUCCUGUACAAGGCCGGCGAGUCGCCGUCGCUCGAGUGGAUUCCUUCUCCCUACGAGUAUCAUGAUGGCGACCUCCAUGAUCUGCGCGGGGUCAGGGAGUUCGGCGUCCUGCAGCAGCUCGGCGGCCACUAUCUCGUGGCCGCUCUCUGCCUCGACCCGUUGUCGGAUGACUAUCACCUUCGGAUCUACUCGUCCGAGAGAACGUCAUGGAGCACCAGGACACUGCCCAAUCCAUGUCCUGGGGUCGACAGGAUUAUACCCGACAAGGUGAUCACGCUUGGAGAAGAAGGCUUACUAGGGUGGGUUGAUUUGUCACACGGCCUGCUGAUGUGCGACCUGCGUCAAGAUCAUGUGCGUUUCACUUUCAUCCCGUUGCCGGAGCCGUUGCCUGGGAACAGAUACAAACUAAAAGGUCACAUUCCCCCUCCCACCGCAAAGAGAAGCAAAAAACCAGAGGACGAAUCUCACCCAAAUCUCUGGUGGUUUCGGGAUCUCGCAUGGGUUGAUGGCGUGCUCAAGUUUAUUGAGAUGGAGAAUCUUGCUCCUGAAAGCCAGAGCGACAAGGGUGAUGUUAUCUACGAUUCAGACUUGAUCAUGUCGCUCGAGCGCAAGGCCGUGGAUUGGCAUUGCAAGCAGCUGUCCAUUGGGGGUGCCUGGAGGGCUGUGACAUGGACUCGGACAGUUUCGUCCAACUGUUGGCGCCAGACAUGUGCUGCCAAUGUCGCUGACAUCUUGGUUGUCGACGGAUCAGCACAUUCAUCUUUGUUGCCCGGGUUAAAGGGCGAAAAGUUGACAUUCAGGGACCUCUACUCAGCUUUCCCCAUCCUGAGCCCGGAUGGUGACGAUAUUCUUUAUCUCAAAUCAAUGGUGGAACCCAGUAAUAAGGAUGGAUGGGCGGUCGCUGUUGACUUAGGAAACAAGGCAGUGAAAGCAAUUGGCAAGUAUUGUCUUCCGGAUGAUUUUUAUUAUAGCUUCCGUCAUGACCCUGAACAUCCUUUCCGUGUCUGUACAUUGUCCCUGGUAAUUGUCUCCAGGCAUAGAAGUCUCAGCGUGUCGCAAGAUCACAGGGGAUGCUAG